CCAGUAUACUGGUGACCUUCCUUGUGUUGAAUAACUUAUAGCUGCACCAUGUGUACUUAGUCCACCAACAAAAAAUGUCCAAAAGCUCCAAAAUGUAGCAGUAGAAAGAGCGUCCAGUGGAUACAUUGAAAUCUUGGAUCAAUCACUAAAAUCACAGUCUAUGAAUUAUGCAUCUAAAAUACCAGAACCAGUAUCAGUUAGAGCAAUGACCACAGUCCAGUUAUUGGUGCUGUGUGUGUGUCUGGUCAGCCAGGCCAGUGGGUACAGUAGUGGACCCCCAGAGCUGGCCUGUAUCAGUAUGGUCCCCAGUGGUCAUGGCGCCAGUGGACAGAGAGGACCCUCCCCAUACACUAUCACCCCCAGUGUGGACCAGUAUGCAGAGGGAGGCAGUGUCACACUUACCAUAAAGGGAAAGAAUGGAGAGAGGUUUAAAGGUUUUUUUGUGCAGGCUCGUAGAGCAGAUCCAUCACUUAAUGUAGAGGAGCCCAUUGGAAGAUUUGACACCAUUUCUGGGUCCAAAAUUUUGUGUGACAAAGCGCUUGGUAAUGCCAUAUCUCACAGUAGCGGCAGUGACAAAUCAGAGGUGGUUCUAACCUGGAAUGCUCCAACCAGCUUCCAGGGACAUUUGGUUUUCAAAGCUACUAUAGUUCAGACGAAGACCGUGUUCUGGGAUAAUGAGAUAUCAGCUCUUGUGAGGGAUCCGACGGCCCCAGAUAUUGUCACCACCACAAUGGGGACAGGACCUCCUAUAGUGAUCACUAUUCCAGCAGUAAAGUUAGAUGGUUGUGGUAAUAGUAAGGGUUGCUACAGGGUGCCAGCAGGCUGUGUUCAAGGGCAGUGUAUAUAUGCGUUGUCAUGGCAGAAAGAUGGAGAAGACAAAAUCAAGUUUGAAAUGAUUGGUAAAAUGGAGGGAGAUCAGAAAUACGUGGCUGUUGGGUUUUCCAAUGAUAAACAGAUGGGUGAUGACAGUGUAAUAGCAUGUAUAUAUGAUGAAGACAAAGGAACAACAGCAGUUCAUCAGUAUUACAACUCUGAGGAUCCACUUACCUCUGGACAGAUUGGAAGCAGUGGUUUAGUAAGAGAGGGCGCCACAUAUGCCAACAGCACCAUCUGGUGUCGGUUCACCCGUACAAUCACCAGCUCUGACGCUAAAAUGAUGAAACCACUAAAUAACGAAUACCAUAUAUUGUUUGCCAAAGGACCAGUUGCUUCUGGUGCUGUGGGAAAGCAUGGAUUUGACUACUAUGGUGGCCCAGCUGUGUCGCCACGGAGAACCAACUUGAUCAAAACUGACAACAUUGGAGGCCGCGCCAGCUACCCUCUGGUGAAAGCUCAUGGUAUCUUGAUGAUCCUGGCCUGGGUGUUGACCUCCAGUAUUGCUAUCAUAUUUGCCAGAUAUUUCAAGCCAAUGUGGCCCAAUGACAGGCUCUGUGGAGAGAGGGUCUGGUUUGCUAACCACCGUACCUUGCAGAUCAACACGCUGAUCUUGACCAUCAUUGCUUUUAUACUCAUCUUCAUUGAAGUGAUGGGAUACAGCAACAUGGACUCUCCAGGCUUUGCUGUGGCUCACCCUAUCAUUGGUAUCAUAGUGACCAUACUGUGUGUACUGAAUCCAAUCAUGGCUCUGUUCCGUUGCCACCCCGAGGAUGAUUAUCGGCCCAUCUUUAACUGGUUCCACUGGAUUGUUGGAACUGUGGCGCACAUUCUGGCAACCAUCAACAUCUUCUUUGGAAUGAACCUGGCCAAGUCUGGGGUACCCUGGUGGGUGACCUGGGUCAUGUUGAUCUGGGUCCUGGUCCAGUUUAUCACUGAGAUUACCCUGGAGAUUCAUCAGUGCUGUGUACACAAGAGAAACAAAGACAAGCGUGAACAGUGGGAGAUGCAGAAGCGCACUGACCCCCGUGCAGAGAAGGUGCCGGAACCUGAACCCUCCGGCCGUCGUUUCAAGUCGACCAUGUUGGCCAUUUACAUCACCCUGACGGUCAUCCUGGUCAUCAUCAUGGUCAUUGCCAUCGCAGUGUCCUAAACUGACCAGAGGUCAACGUCACCAUACUAUGACAUGGAGCUGGGCUGGGGAAAUGAUUGUAGCAAGGAAAAUCUCAAGUUUUACAAGUGCCUCUGAUGUGAUAUUUGACUAACUAACCAUAGAGAUGAGCCAAAUUUUUAACAUCAUCUAGGUCCAUGUUGUGGAUCACACAUUGAGAUAAAAUAUUGUAGUAGAUAAAGGACCACAAAGUGUUUGAAUCCAAUUUUUUUACCUUAUUUUAGAAAGGAGCGUGUUUGAUGAAUAACAAGCUAUUUUCAUAAACCUUCUAUUUGGAUCAUUUAUUAAGACCUGCCUGAAAGUGUU